AUGGAGGUGGCGCCGGCAACAGGCGACGCUCCGCCCGCAACAGACCCCCUGGCGACACCUGCCGGGGUGGAGGAGGAGGGGGAGGCUUCGCCCGCAAGCCCAGUGGGCCCGCAAGGCCCAAGCGCGCCCGCACCGGAAGCGGGCUUUACGGUGAUUGCCCUCGACUUCGACGUCGAGGUCACGAGGAUGGCGGAGGAGCCGGAGGCAAUCCCCGCGCCAAGCCCUGCUGCGCCGGCCGUAGCCGCAGCGGCGACCACCGCCGCCACCGGAAUGGCGUCCGACGACGCGCCGGCGGCCGCAGACGCUGCCGGUGCGGAUUCUUCUGCUCCCCAGCAGGGGGCGGUCCCUGCCGGGGCCGCGGCAACCCCACCAGCCCCGCAGACCCCAGGCGCGGGUGAGGGGGAGGUUGCGGAGGAGGAUCAGCAGGAUGCUGUGCCGCAAGCGGACGACCCCCCCGCCCAGCCAGACGGUGGCGGCGGCGGCUUCUUCGUCGCGAAGGCCGAGGAGGUGCAUAGAAAGGCGCUCGCCACGGUCCAGGCCCGCCUCGACGAGAAGAGCGACCUGAUCACCAGCUACGUCGGCCAGAUCCAGGGCCUGCGCGUCAAGCUGGAGGUGCAGACCAAGGCCACCGAAAGUGCGGUGACCGCGGCAGCCCGGCACGAGAUCCAGCUCAACGCCACCAAGGACAAGGUGGCCCGACUCGAGACCGAGCUGGCCGCUCUCCGGGAGGAGCUCACCUAG